GAGUAACGUCCGGACUAUCUACGCAUGCAAAAAAGUUACUAACAUUGUAUUUUAGUUUUCUGAGAACGAAGCCGAUUUUUCAAAGAUCCUCUGGAAACCUGGUCUCUGGAAUUUUUUCAAAAGUUGCUUCCGCUAGUGAAAAGUUCUGCUCAAGUCUUGCCUAUUGAACAGCGAAAACCGCAGGCCUCUAUCUCAUUCCUAUCAAAAGUUAUUCAAAAAGUGGCACCCUGCACUGUAUUUUGGUAUGGAUACUAGUAAAUUUUCGUAAAUCAUUCUUCAACAUUCUACUGCUAUUUAGAAUAAAUGGAACCUCUAUAAAAAUUCUCUUUCUCUCAUCAACAUCGCUUACCGAAAAGACGUUCAUGUAAAGCGUCUUUCAUCUUCAACGUCGACAAUUAGAACCAACGUUUGUCCGUAUAAGAUUACCACGUCAUCUUCAAUUUGGUAAAGCUGCUGUGCAGCUAAAACAAGAUUUAUUAAAGAUUGAAAUCAAAUAUAAAUGCAGGUUAUUGAGUCGUGUUCAUCGCCAUUCAAAGAACAUAGUUUCUCAUUUCCAACCUUUGGUAAAUCCAAUUGUCGUAGAGAAAUUACAAAUUAUAAAAUGUUCGUUAGUGAAUGAUAAAGGAAAAACCUGGAAGGAAACGUUAGUGAAUAAACUUCUUAAAUUAAGUUCAAAUCGUCAAACCCCAAAGUUAAUGCUGAAUACUGUUAAUCCUAUCUUGAAUUAUUCUAAGCGAGUCUUAUCCGAGCAAGAAGAGAAGGCGCUUGUUAACGGUUUAAUACAUGUAUAUCCAUCGACUACACUAAAUAAAAGAGAUUUGAUUAGUAGUAUCGAAUACUUUUAUACGAAAUUAUUAGGAUUCAAAACUGAGUAUCGUGAUUAUGAACGGAAGGACGUCAAUGAAAUUAUCUCUCACAAAUUAACACCUGUUCAAAUCAACGGUGCUAUGAAACUUCGACGAAUUACGGAUAAUUUCAUCAAUCAUACUGAGCGUGAGUUACGUCGGAAUCGGUCGCUGCUUUCUAACUUUAAGAAGGUAUUGAGAAAUUUAUCUAACGACAAUUCAAUUGUUAUAUAUAAACUGGAUAAAGGAAGGGGAGUUGUAAUUCUCGAUAAAAGUGAAUAUAUUGAGAAAAUGAAUGAUAUCGUUAAUGAUAUGACUGCGUUUAAGCGAAUAACUAUUAAACCAACAAUCAGCAAAGAAGAUAAACUCACACGUUUAUUACUACAACUGCGGAAGCGUGGUUUUAUAAAUGAUGCUGAAUAUAAAUUAGCUAGACCGGUCGGAUCAAGAUUUGCACGAUUGUACGGUUUACCGAAAGUACAUAAACCCAAUAGACCGAUAAGACCAAUAUUAUCAUCUGUCAAAACGUUUAAUUACGGACUAGGCUUGAUGUUAGCUAAACGAUUAAAACAUUUGAGAUCCAGCCCGAGCAUUGUUAAGAGUUCAUUUCAGUUUGCUAAUAUAGUCAAGUAUUUUGCAAAAUCACAUUUAAAUCUAAAAAUGAUAUCAUUUGAUGUUAAAAAUCUAUUUACUAAAGUGCGGUUAGGGAGCACGUGUCGG